AUGAGUCCACUGUCCUCUUCCCUCAUGGACUUUGCGGCCGAGUCUCGCAUUCAAUGCAAUGAUUCCGGCAUCCUGGAGCAAGGUCAGUCUAAGUCUAUGGUAGAUGGUCUUGUCACCACGUUCAAUUUGGAUGUUGAGCGUCUGCUCCGGUUCGUUGUCAAGCCCAAGGUCAAGGCGUCAGAGGAAGGGGUCUUGUUCGUGUUGGAGAAUCCCAUGGAUCCCGAAGAAUACUUGAAGGACGCGCGUAUGCAACAAUCCAAGGACUGGGCCAAGUGGGCUAAAGGUCGUGAAUUUGCCAAUUCCUUGCUGGAGAAGUGGGCUUUGUCUAGAGAUAUUGCCCUUACGGCAAGUAUUCCUUCGGAUCCUAGGAGUAACGGGGAUGGCCAUAGACUCUACGUUGCUCCUGUAGUGUACACCCAAGUGCGCGAGCCAGUGCGAUUUAUCGGCACCGCCGAAGAUGCUGAAUUGGCAGAGGACUUGCCGGCGCCAGCGCGUCGAGUAGUUGGCAAAUGUCCUGGGGUGUUGUCUGAGCGUGGCGCUGCGCCACGGGGGGAGUCCAGUCGGGAGGCGAGGCCUGAGGAGGCUGUGGUGGAUGGUGUUCGUGAAAGGAAUGAAGGAUCGGCUGGCGAUAUUGAGGAUGUGAUUCGCCGGUCCCUUCAGGACUUCUCUGCAAAGACGAGAGCAAUCGACAUCAGUGCUAAGAAUGAUGCGCCUGCCACUUGGACCGCGUUGAGGGUUACCUGGGGUAUGCAGGCCGGCCCUCAUAAAGACCGAAACAUGAAGGGAACAAAAAAUUGGGUUGUGCCCAUUAGCAAAUAUGACCGGGGACGGUUGUGGAUUGCUGAAGAAAAUCCAGAGCUGCUCAGUGAGGAGCAGAAAAAGGAGUUGGUCCAAUGGGAUGGUGUUUGGGGUCGGUUCCAUGCAGGGGAUGAUAGAGACAUGUGGUUCGAUUCUAGCAAACCUCAUGCUGUAGAGCCUACUGGCGAUGAUCGCAUAGUCAUGGUUGCAUACACCCCACGAGGGCUUCAGAAAUGCUCCAGCCAAGAAGCUGCUGAACUUGAGGCUCUGGGUUUUCAGUUGCCUCCUGGGGCGCCAAAACCUCCUAGGGUAGGCGCAACAGGUUCUAUGUCACAGGGCAAUGAGCCGCAAUACUUUGAUAUUAGCUCAGACUCAGAGGAGGACUCCUCUGAGGGGGAGUGGAAAGGCACCGGGGAGCCCGAAAAUCAUGAUCAGCGUGUUGUUAGGCUGUCGUGGUUGGUGCGUGAGGAAGGAAAGGCCAUGGACGAGGAGUUGGGCAUGGGUGUUGCGUGUGUGACUCCUUCUUUGCUUGCUGAGUUGAAGGAAGACCUGCGUAUUGCUGAGUUGCUUCAAGAACAUGACGAGUGCGAAAGGGAAGUUGAGCUUGGUUGUUCAAGGUUUGCGUUGCAUCGGUUGGUCUGCCGAGACAAGGAGCUUGGAGCAAGUGAGGGCACUGAAUGUGCCUCUGGCGGCCUCCGGCUAAGCUUGAUGCAUGUUGGCUUGGGUGGUCAGAGCGUGGUUGAGGCUGAGAGCCGAUCAGUUGAACCUGUUGAGCGUGGUGAUUCUGUUGAGCGUGGUGAUUCUGUUGAGCAUGGUGAUUCCGUUGAGCUUGGUAACUCCGUUGAGCUUGGUGAUAGUGUCGAGCUUGAUUUGCGUGGUGACUUGGUUCCGGGAGAGUCCUUGAAAGAUGUUCACCCUAGCUUUGGGCUAGAGACGCCAGAGCUUACAAUGAAGGGUGCUCAGCCGACUCCAGGAGCUCUGUUGCAGACCAGGAUCAUUCCACAAUCAGAGGUUUGGGCGGACAUCGAGGCAUGGCGCCAGCCGCUCACCGACGAGGUGACGGCAUUGAAGAAUGUACAUCAAGCGGUGUGGCCCAUUGGACCGGACGAGCUCCAACGACUUGAGCAGUUGGCAACGGUAUCGGUUAUACCGG